AUGUAUGUCCAACAACGUCGUUAUUUUAUAUUACUUUUUAUUGUUCUUCUAUGUGUCAUCUUCAUCACAUUUACUUUUAAAAAUACCGGCUUAAAUCUACGUUUUCGUAACUAUAGCGAUCAAGAAAUAUUAGUGAAUAUAACCAGGACAAUUAUCUCGGGAGAACGAAAAGGACAAACGAUCAGGGUAUGUUGUCUCGUUUUAACAACACCUGAUCGUUUUCUAACUAAGGCAAAAGCCGUCAACGAAACAUGGGGAAAACGAUGCGAUGGACUCUAUUUCAUAACAGAACUGACGAACAAUUCUUCGGCUACUUAUGGUUUACCGAUACCAUUCAUUCCAGAGAUAGUCCCUGGCUAUGACCAUUUAACGUUGAAAUCGCGAUUAGGCUUUAUGUACGCCUAUAAACAUGAUUACUCAAAUUAUGACUGGUUUUUGAAAGCCGAUGAUGACACAUACAUUAUUGUAGAAAAUCUCAAAGAUUUUUUGUAUGAUCAAAAUUCUUCUGAUCCCAUUACAUUUGGCUAUCAUUUUAAAGUGAUUGUUAAGCAAGGUUAUCAUAGUGGAGGAGCAUCGUAUGUUCUCAGUAAAGAAUCACUUAGACGAUUUUAUGAGGCAAACAUGCAACCGAAUAGUGUUUGUAGAAAAGAUGGCGGAUCGGAAGAUGUGGAAAUUGCCAAUUGUUUACGAUCACAAGGUGUCUACCCUGGUGUGGCAUUAGACAAAAAAGUCAUGAAUUUACAAGAGCAAAUUAGCGGUGUAACCAAUGACUGGAUUGAACUGAGCUUAGCCCAGCCACCGAACGUUUGA